AUGCAGGGUGAAGAGAGAUUGCAGAUGGUGGUGGGGAUGGAAGGGGACAGCUACCCGCUGAUGGACAUGGCCGCUCCUGAGCCCGACCGCCCCGACCAGACCCUGACGGACUACGUCCUGGUGGCCGAUUACCGCACCCAGAGGAACCCCAGUCAGGUCCACCGGCAGCGGCAGUUCCUGAAGGGCCUGCAGGGCAAGGGCUUCCAGUUCAAGGUGAAGGAGGACCAGGAGAAGGUGUUCUUUGGGAUCAGAGCGGACAGCAGGAUCUUCGGCCUGUACCGCACGCUCCUCAUGGAGCCCGAGGGCCCGGCCCCCAGAGUGGAGUCAGCGCGGCCGCCCCCGAUCCCGGACACCACCAGAAUCCGGAUCGUCAACUUCAUCCUGAACUGCAGGACGGCAGCUGGCGACACAUUCCAGGAUUUGGUGAAGGACGGGGUGUUUGAGACCCGGUUUCCGCUGCACAAGGGGGAGGAGCCCCUGAAGAGGAACUGGGCCCGCUGGAGAAACAUGUUCCGAGAGCAGCCCAUCGACGACAUCAGGAACUACUUUGGUGAGAAGGUGGCCCUGUACUUCGCCUGGCUCGGCUGGUACACCUACAUGCUGGUCCCUGCGGCCUUGGUCGGCCUCAUUGUCUUCCUGAGCGGCUUCUCGCUGUUCAAUGCCAGCCAGAUCAGCAAAGAGAUCUGUGAGGCCCACGACAUCUUCAUGUGCCCACGCGGCGACCACGGCCGCAGGUACCAGCGCCUCUCGGACACGUGCACCUUCGCCAAGCUCACCCACCUCUUCGACAACGAGGGCACGGUCAUCUUCGCCAUCUUCAUGGCCCUGUGGGCCACGGUGUUCCUGGAGUUCUGGAAGCGGCAGCGGGCCCGCGUCGUGCUGCACUGGGACCUGUACGGGUGGGACGAGGACCAGGAGGAGGUGGCGCUGGAGCUCAUUAACUGCCCGGACUACAAGCUGCAGCGGCACCAGCACUCCUACCUGAAGAGCACCAUCAUCCUCGUCCUGUCCCUGCUCAUGAUCUGCCUCAUGAUCGGCAUGGCUCACGUCCUGGUGGUCUACCGCGUGGCGGCCGCCGCCGUCUUCAGCAGCUCGGCCCUGCCCUUCCUGGAGGAGCAGGUGACCACGGCCGUGGUGGUGUCCGGGGCCCUGGUGCACUACGUGACCAUCCUCAUCAUGACCAAGAUCAACAAGUACGUGGCCCUGAAGCUCUGUGACUACGAGAAGUCCAGGACCUUCUCGGAGCGAGAGAGCAAGUUCACGGUGAAGUUCUUCACUCUGCAGUUCUUCGCGCACUUCUCCUCGCUCGUCUACAUCGCCUUCAUCCUGGGCAGGAUCAACGGUCACCCCGGGAACUCAGUGCGCCUGGCGGGCUUGUGGAAGCUGGAGGAGUGCCACCUCAGCGGCUGCAUGAUGGACCUGUUCGUGCAAAUGGCCAUCAUCAUGGGUCUGAAGCAGACGCUCAGCAACUGCAUGGAGUACCUGAGCCCGUGGCUGGCCCACAAGUACCGCUCCAUGCGGGGCAGUGAGGCCCGGGACCCCGAGCUGAGGGACUGGCAGCGCAACUACCGCCUGAACCGCGUCAACACCUUCAGCCUGUUUGACGAGUUCAUGGAAAUGAUGAUCCAGUACGGCUUCACCACCAUCUUCGUGGCCGCCUUCCCGCUGGCCCCGCUGCUCGCGCUCUUCAGCAACCUCGUGGAGAUCCGCCUGGACGCCAUCAAGAUGGUCCGGCUGCGGCGGCGCCUGGUGCCACGCAAGGCCAAGGACAUCGGGACCUGGCUGCAGGUGCUGGAGACCAUCGGCGUGCUGGCGGUCAUCGCCAACGGGAUGGUCAUCGCCUUCACGUCCGAGUUCAUCCCCAGAGUGGUCUACAAGUACCGCUACGGCCCGUGCCGCCAGGGCGCCCACCCUUCAGCCGACUGCCUCACGGGCUACAUCAACCACAGUCUGUCCGUGUUCCACACCAAGGACUUCCGGGACCCGGCCAGGAUAAAGGGCCCAGGGAACAUCACUGAAUGCAGGUACCGGGACUACCGCAACGCUCAGGACUACAACUUCUCGGAACAGUUCUGGAUCCUCCUGGCCAUCCGCCUGGCCUUCCUCAUCCUCUUCGAGCACGUGGCCCUGUGCAUCAAGCUCGUGGCGGCCUGGUUCGUGCCGGACGUGCCGCAGUCGGUGAAGAACAGGGUCUUGGAGGAGAAGUUCGAGGAGCUCCGGGACAAGAUGUGGGGCGGCGGGCCGAGGUGGGGGCCGGGCCUGGGCCCCGGGGCCACUCCCGCCUCCAGCUCCAGCCUCAAGAGCACAGACGUGUAA